CAUCGAUCAUAUUGACAAAAAAUAUCGAUGUAUUCAUGACUUCAACACGUGCGGACGUUUUUGUUUACAUUUUUCAGCAGGAGUAAAACCAGCCGCAAAAUGAAGUUUUCCUACAGAUUUUCCAACUUGUUGGGCACAAUAUAUCGGAAUGGAAAUCUGGUGUUCACGCCGGAUGGAAAUUCAGUUAUUAGUCCGGUGGGCAACAGGAUAACCGUCUACGAUUUGAAAAACAACAAAUCCCGCACUUUGUCCUUGGAAUCGAAGUAUAACUACACGAGUCUGGCUCUUUCGCCAGAUGGGAGCUUGCUGAUCGCAGUCAACGAGAGAGGAGAGGCGCAGCUCAUAAGCAUGAUGUCCUGUACAGUGAUACAUCGGCACAAGUUCCAGACCGGCGUCCAAUGCGUCUGCUUCAGCCCCAAUGGGGAAUACUUCGCCGUGGCCGUGCUGAAUGUCGUCUUGGUUUUCUGCGCUCCGGGUGAAAUCACUGGAGAGUACAAUCCCUUCGUGCUGAGACGGAAGUUUCUGGGCGGCUAUGACGAUAUCACCUGGUUGGACUGGUCCUCCGACUCGCGACUGCUGGCCAUUGGUUGUCGUGACAGCUCCACCAAGAUCUGCGCUGUUAAUUAUACGAAGAACUUUCGGACUUACAACCUGAGUGGUCACACGGACUCCAUAGUCUCCUGCUUCUUCGAGGCGAACAGCCUGCACUUGAACACCAUCAGCCGCAAUGGACAACUGUGCUUGUGGGAGUGCAGUUUGGCUCCAUCGGACCUUGAGGACGCGAAGCGGCCAGCGUUGGCUCCGCCGGAAAGCAAGCGAGGCAAGAAAUCGGCUCACUCUGAUAAUGAAUCCGAGGACGACGUUGAUAACACACUGGAAAAACAAUCUGUGAGGGAGGAAUUCUUAGAAUCAACACCUGGGGCUGAGGAUGUCAAUGAAAUCAAAGAUGAGGCUGAAAAGAAGCGGCAUCCGUUCUUCUACAAAAAACUAGCCCGCCAUUAUCUGGCCGAUGAGCCGCGCAAGGAGCAGAGAGACGUGCAACUGACGGCAGCCAACUACAACCAGCGCACAAAGGUACUAGUGGUGGCCUUCAGCAAUGGAGGCUUCUACCUGUACGAGUUGCCUGACGUCAACAUGAUUCACUCGCUAAGCAUCUCAGAUUAUCCCAUCUCUGCGGCUAUCUUCAAUUGCACCGGCGACUGGGUGGCCUUGGCAUCGCGUGAGAUCGGUCAGCUGCUGGUGUGGGAGUGGCAAAGCGAGCAGUACAUCAUGAAGCAGCAGGGACACAGCAGCGAGAUGAGCUGCAUAGCCUACUCUCCGGAUGGUCAGAUCAUAGCCACCGGUGGCGAGGACUCCAAGGUGAAGCUGUGGAACACCCAGAGCAGCUUCUGCUUUGUUACCUUUAGCGAGCACACCAGUGGUGUGACUGGCAUUCAGUUUAGCAAGAACAAGAAAUUUCUGGUCAGCAGUUCCCUAGACGGUACAGUGCGUGCCUUUGAUAUUAACAGAUACCGCAACUUUAGGACCUUCACAUCGCCCAAUCCAGCUCAGUUCUCCUGUGUGGCUGUAGAUCACUCGGGUGAGCUUGUGGUGGCAGGUGGCCAGGAUGUAUUCGAUAUAUUCCUUUGGUCGGUGAAGACGGGUAAGCUGCUGGAGAUAAUUAGUGGCCACGAGGGACCCGUAGUCUCGCUGGCCUUUUCCCCAGUGGCCACUUCUUCCACCUUGGUGUCCGGUUCAUGGGAUAAAACUGUGAAGAUUUGGAACUGCCUAGAAAGCAGCAGUGAGCAUGAGUCUAUUGAUGCUAUUUCGGAUGUAACUAGCGUGGCUUUUAGUCCAAGUGGCGAGGAGAUUGCCGUGGCCACUCUGAGUGGAAAUAUAACCAUUUUCGAUGUCAAGUCUGCUACCCAGAGUACAACGAUAGAGGGACGUAAUGAUCUAAGUGGAGGGCGCCUGGAAACUGACAUAAUAACAGCAAAAAAGAAUGCCCAAGCCAAUUACUUCUCCACCAUUGAGUACUCCGCGGAUGGAGAGUGCAUCUUAGCUGCUGGCAAGUCGCCCAACAUUUGUAUAUAUAAUGUAAGAGAGGCUAUUCUUUUGAAGAAAUUCCAAAUCACGCAGAAUCACAGCCUUGAUGGGCUAACUGACUUUAUCAGUCGCAAACAUAUGACUGAAUUUGGCAAUAUGGCUCUGGUGGAAGAGCGCGAAGAGUUGGAGGGCGGUAAGGUGGCUAUUCGAUUGCCAGGCGUACGUAGCGGUGACAUGUCCUCCAGGCGUUUCCACCAAGAGGUUCGAGUAUUUGCCGUACGAUUUUCACCCACGGGCCAGGCCUUUGCAGCUGCAGGAACCGAAGGACUUUGCAUAUACGCUCUGGAUAAAGGAGUUGUGUUUGAUCCGUUUGACCUCUCUCUGGAAGUCACGCCGAAGGCAGUGCACGAAUCCCUUAAGAAGCAGGAUUUCACAAAAGCGCUGGUUAUGUCCCUGAAGCUAAACGAACCCAACUUGAUUGCCCUAGUGCUGGAGCAAGUGCCGUAUAGGGACAUUGAACUGGUCUGUGCGGAUCUGUCACCGGAGUUUGCCCAACGAUUGCUGCAACAAUUGGCCCGCCAGCUCCAGGCCACACCACACAUUGAGUUCUAUUUGCAGUGGAGCUGCUGCCUAUUGACCAAGCACGGCAACCAGGACGGCGUCUUUCAGCACACGGGAUUGCUGGCCCUUCACGAAGUGCUCUCGAGGAAGUACGAAGCUCUCAAUAAGAUAUGCGACUACAAUAAAUACACACUAAGAGUGCUCCUGGACAGAGCCAAUAAGCUCGAGCAGUCAAAUGAGGGCACUACUAAACCUCUUGCGGAAGAUAGUGAUGAGGAAAUGCUGCUCAUUAGGUCAAAGGAUGACGAUGACGAUCAGUCGCAGUUUAGCGAUGAGGAGGAAAGUGACAGUGAUUCUGAGUAAAUAGAAUAAACAAGAAAUAGAAUAAAAAAUCUAAAGACCUCGUGUUAAUUCUGUAACAAAGA